AUGUGGAGGAACUCACUGAGUUUCUCUUCCAGAUUCAUCUCCUCAGCAAACCCUAACCCUAACUCUAGAACCGCUCUCGUUUUCCUACGCAUCUCCGCGCGUUAUGGCCUCGAAAGAUCGAAUUCGACUAGCGCGAGUUCGCCGUCGUUUGCCACCGAUCCAUUGGAACUAGGGUUUCAGCAAUCCGAUUCGGUUCGGGCUUUCGGGUCCGCAUCGUCGGCCACUGCGAUUGAUCCGACAUCGUCUUGGCCGGCUUUGUCGGUUUUAAAGGCGAGGGAUUUGGUGGACUUGACUAAGCAUUAUGGUAGGUGCUAUUGGGAGUUAUCCAAGGCUAGGCUCAGCAUGCUAGUGGUUGCUACUUCUGGCACUGGAUAUGUCCUUGGGAGUGGUGAUGCCAUUGAUUAUCUCGGGCUUUGUUGUACUUGUGCUGGCACCAUGAUGGUUGCGGCAUCUGCUAAUUCCUUAAAUCAGGGGGAAGAUAUGCAAGUUUGCGAUUUGCGGCUGUGGAUUUGA